ACCUUCCCCAAAGUGUUCAAUACUUUUCGGUGGUGAAUACAGUUUUAUGCGGACGCUAUGGAGAAGCAGGCGUUAGCAGCAUUGGAGUCUGCAGCCAAUAUAAUCUUGGCCCCACCGAACUUGGUGUCAAACGAGCAGAGGCAUAACGCUGAGGGUGUCUUUCUGGGAUUCAGAAAGUCCAAAUGCCCAUAUGCAGUCUGCCGCCAGAUCCUGGAGACAUCGAAUUCUGACUAUGUGAAGUUCGAAGCAGCCGAGGUGCUCAAGUGUGCUUUGAUCAGAGAAUGGACUUUCCUGCAGGAAUCGGACAUACUGUCUCUGAGACAGUACCUGCUACAUUACAUUAUCUCCAGAGAUAUACCGGCUUUCGUGCAGGACAAAUUGUUGCAGGUUUUAGCGAUAAUGGUGAAGAGGGGCAGUGUGGAGGACUUUGGACAGGACAGAGGGAAUAUAUUGAAUGACGUUGAGGCGCUCUUCAUUAACGGAGAUUCAGCUAAACAAAUUUUAGGUUGCAAAUUGAUUACUAACUUGAUGCAAGAAUAUGCUAUAACCGUCAAGUCCACGGAUGUGGGACUUUCUUGGGAGGUCCAUUACAAGGCUAAGAUGAACUUCGAGGCUGUCGACUUGAAGAGGAUCUUUCAGUUUUGCGUGCAAGUCAUUUCAGAGAUAAUCAAAAGUGAUACACCAUUUGGGGAUAACGUCAAUAACUUAUUGAAACAUCUGCUGACCAUCAUUGAGAGUAUUUUGUCUUGGGGAUUCAUGGCAUCAUCAUUGCCGAAAAAGUUGAUAGGUCUAUACGAAAUGGUCCAGAGGGCGGAUCACGCGCCUUCAUUGAGACUGGGAAUGCAGUGGAAGAGCAUCAUGUUUGCCCCGCAGUUUCUACCGCUGAUGUUCCAAAUUUACUGGAAGGUCAGAGACAACGAUCAGCUGUCGCACCACGCGAUGACUUGCCUGGUGCAACUGGCUUCCCUGAACGGAGGGAUCAUGGCUGAGCACACGGACAAGAUGCUGUACAUCGGCGCGUUCAUGGAAAACUUCCUGAAACUCAUCACGAGCGUCACCAUCAAGAGCAAGGAGAGUCUCGGCAUUUCGCAGAUUACCAAGAACAUCCAUCUGCACUUUGUACAUGACGUUAUUGCGCUGCCCAAGGCCUUGCAGGAAUCUUACAUUGAUGACCUGACGAGGCUCACGUGCUGUUUCAUCGAAGGCGCUGCUACCGAAGAAGUGGAUUGCGACGAAAAGUGUUAUAUGGAUUCGUUUGAGAUCAUGCUGGAAUCUUGGGCUCUUCUGAUUCAGGAGUACCGGCAAGUGACGAACGACUUCUUGGGACAGGCUGCGACGUGCAUAUUCAACACGUACCUCAAAUGCCACUUGUCGUCGCCCGAUGGUUCACGGAAGCAAGGUACCGAUCUAGAGGUGGAGGAAAUCGAAGACGACGAGGAUAACGAUCGAACGAAAUUCAAAGAUCAGCUGCAAACGAUCGGGCUCUUCGGAAGGAUUGUUCCCGAUCAAGCGCUUCCCAUCCUUUACAAAUUGUUGGAGGACAGGACGAAUAAACUGCGCUCACAUUUGCACACAAUGCAAUCGCAAGCUAUGUCCAUUAAUGACUCUGUUACACUGGACAACAUCUUCGAGGAUAUCCAUUGGACGGUGCUGAUUGCAGGUCACACCCUGUGCAUGGACAGCGACGGAGAAACACCUACAAUUCCCUCCGAUCUGAUGCGCUACUCUAUGGACAUGAACGCGAAGGGUUUGACGAACUUGGACGAGUCUCUGAAGGUGAUGGCCAGCGUGCAGCAGCUAGGGAACGACGCGGAAUGCUCGCCGCUCUGCGAUCACGCUGUCCGCAUAUUCGCGGACGUGCUGAAACUCUGCGCGAUAGAAUCAUCUGCGGCCGAAGUGAAGUUGGGCCAUUUCAUGAGUCCCGAAGUGAGUUGCACUCUGAUGUGGUUCCUCAAACGCUGGAGUCUCUCCUACCUUCUCCCCACCGAAUCGUUCUACCAAGAGAUUAGUCCGGUCUUGAUUGGGGCUCUGGGCAAAGACACGGAAGGUGCAAAUUUUGUGAUGAAUUUUGUAUUGGCGAAGAUCCAAUCGAAUAUAUGUUAUUACAAUUCGGAGCCAAUUCUGCUUCGGGACACGGUCGAGUUGUUCUCCGAUGUGGUUGGGAUCAAAAGCAAAUCGUUGUAUAUUGUGAAGACGGAGGGUUUGUGGAAUUUAAUUAAUUUGCAGUCGAAGCUACAAGCUGGAAUGCUUCCUGUGAAUAUAAGGCGCGGUCUCUACAAGGGCUUCGUUCUGGCUGGAACUGCUCUCAAAAAGGACGACGAGGCUGUACAGUAUUACGAUCAAAUCCUGAAACCGGUGCAGCAGAGGUUCAAAGGCGUCCUGUGCCAGGAGAACUUCAAUCGCAUUUACCAGCAGGAUAACAUACAGAAGGAGAUCCAGGAUCUGCUGGAAUGUUUCAUCGGUAUUUCGAAGGGUGCGACGAUGGGAACGGUCGUGAUCCUGUUCAAGUUCUUGGGUCCGAUCCUGUCCGAGCUGCCGGUGCUAUUGAACAUGUAUCACAAUUACCAGGUGAUCGUGCAGAUGAUUCUGGAUUUGUUCGGACAGUGCGCGAAGAACGUGCUGUGUUAUUUGUCCGUGGCGGACAGCAAUCAACUUUACGAGACGACGUACAACGUCGUUCAGGUGUACGCCAAGUGCAAUCAAAACAGAUUCAGCACUGAAGCGUUGAACGAGGAGGGCAACUUCCAAGAUCUGUGUUUGGUCAUGGACUUGUUGACGUACAUCCUGUCCAAGGAUUGUCUGGAUUUGAAUCCGUUGAUCAAUCAAGAGGAGCCAACUGUGGCGGCGUCGGACGUCGCCUUGUACGGACUCCGGUUCAUCAUGCCCCUGAUGACGCUCGAUCUGCUCAAGUAUCCGGCGCUGUGCCACCAAUACUACGGACUGCUGACGCUGAUCAACGAUAUUUACCCGGAGAAGGUGUGCGCGCUGCCCGAAGAUAUGCUCCGCAAGCUGUUAACCUCCGUCGAGAUCGGUCUGACGCAGUUCACGGCGGACGUGGCGCAGCCCUGUCUGGACUUCGUCGCCGGCCUAGCGACGCACAUCUUCAAGCAUUCGAUGAAGCAGAGCGCCGCCUAUCAGGCUCUGAUGCCCUUCCUCAAAUUGAUCAUGGAUCUGACGCUGUCGCAGCAGAUCUGCACGGACAUGGUCGCCACGGCGAGCCUCUGCAUCUACACGUUGAUAUGUUGCUACAGCGAGCAGUAUCAGAUGCUCGUCCAGAACAUGAUUCAAAUGCAGACCGAUCCUGCUGUUGCCGAAAGGCUGGCGACCGAAUUCAAUCGACUGAUGGCGAACGUUCCGUUGACCUGCGACCGGCAUAAGCUCAAGUUUCGCGAUCAAUUCGAUAAGUUCAUAUGCAACGUGCACGGUUUUCUGCUGGUGAAAUAGUUCGGACAGCAGCUCUUAUUUAU